UCGAGCUCCAUCGGAGUUUGCAGCUCUAAACGCCAUUAGAGAUCGCACGAAGAACGAAAGCAUUGUUUUUUACUACAAAAUUGAGACCUCCUAGAAAAACCCACAUGGACAAACCUUGUGAGGUAUGUGGCGGUAUAGGCUCUGCAGAACUGAUUGCUACUUGCUUUCAAUGUAACAAAGCUCGGGAACACAUAUAUUGCAUGAAAAUUCUCCUUAUGUUUGUUCCAGAAAUUUGGGUUUGUGAAACAUGCAGUUAUGGAGGUAUAGCCACUAAAAAAUCUGUCAGAAAGGAACUCUCUCACAUGGCUUCAGGAUCAAACACCUUUGAGAUGGUUCGCUCUGAAAUGUCGCCAUCUAUGCGCUCCAGAAGGCUUACUGAAGAGACCGGCAGCUCAGGUCGCCUUAGAAAGCAAAUGUCACCAGGAACUGGCAGAGUAAAGUUUAUUCCUAUUGAAGCUAUUAGAAUGUCGUCAUCUGGAGCACAAAGAGUGGAGCUUUCUUCACCGCGUAAAUUGCACUCAAGCUCUGGCCGAGUAGAUGCCAGGGUGACAAUGUCCAGAAGGACUACCACUGAGUUUAAAUCAGCCCCGAAAAAAUCCUCUUCGGAGAAGGUGAAGGAAACUUACAAAAGGGUACCUGCUGGACGUGUCAAGCUUUUCGGACAUGGCAGUGAAGGAAUCAGUUCAACCACUCAGGCACAAGAGUCUAAAUCAUGCACUGAAUUAAAAUAUAAAGCAAUUCCUAUCGAGUACAAGAAUCAAGUUCUUAGAAAGAAAGAGUCACCGGAUACUCCGUGCAUCAACGAUCCAGGAGGUAAUUUACGUGCUGAUGCUAGACCGAAGAACUCUGACUUUCAAGGAUGUGAUCCGCUGAACAUUUUGCCCAAACCAGAGAUAAAUCUGCCAACUCACCCAGUUUUAGAUGCUACUUGGUGCGGAAGCCUAGAGAUCCUUGGUACGGUUUCUUGUGGUCAAUUUUAUGAUGGAUUCCGAGCUCAUAUCCUGGAAAAAGUUCAUCCAAAAGCUUUAGAGUGUUCAAGGCUCAUGCCUAACGUGCUCCGGUGCACGUUGCUCCCUUGUUGCGACUGUUGGGCAGAAAUCUUUCAGAAUUACAGUCCUACCGUAAAUGAUAUGGCGCUGUUUUUCUCCCCUGGCGAUUUCGAGAGGUCUAAACAGCAGUACUUUAGCCUAUUGGAACUUCUAGAGACGCAAGAUAUGGCGCUGCAGACUAACUAUAAAUGGCGUCAGUCUAUUGAUUUUCUCUUCUAAAAGGCUAGAUAAGGACUCUUAUGGAUCGGACGUGGAAUCCUUCCUCUGGGGAGCAUAUUACCCCACAAAAGGCCGUCUGGCAGCUCCACCCCUUCUGAACUACGACUCCCAAGCAAAUGCGGCAAAUGUUGAGCAAUGAGCAGCCUUUCUCAGAAGUAACAGAGUUCAAUGACUGUCGCAUUCCUCCAGGGUUCUCUAAGCAAGCUGCCGGUGAUGCUGCACGCGACACGAUUUAACAAAUUCGAUGGCUAAUCCGCCGUCGGUGUGGUUCUAUGUAAAUCCUUUAUAAGAGUUGAAACACUUCCUGUGAAACAGUGGAACUAGAGAUGCUUCCAUCUACACUACAAAAUGCCACUGAAAAAUGGGUAAAACAGAGAAAUGGGUUGCAUAAUGUAUGCUAUGAGAUCACUUGUUAUAACGUGGUGGGAUCUUUCGCACAACUUUUUUUACCCAACUUCUAAUACACGUUUUUUUAGAGAUUACUCUGUGAUGUAU